AAGGUGUGCACCACAUAAUACCAAGCUGCUUGAAGUUGGCGGAUUAUUCAGCACUUCUCUCCUUGUCGAUCACGAUGUUGACGAGUGUAGUGCGCGUGACGACGCUAAGUGCUCCCCGAUUGCAUGCAUCCCGCUGGCUGAGCACGGCGGCCAAGGCAACGCAGUUCAAGGUGGAAAUGCUGGGCGGCAAGGACGCGGGUAUUGCUCUCUUCACCAUGGAUCGCCCCGAUGCGCGCAACGCGCUGGGCCGACAAUUCAUGGCAGAAUUCCGCCAGGCGCUGGACCAGGUUCGCUUCGACCCCAAAGUUCGCGUCGUUAUCUUGCGUAGCGUCGUCCCCAAAGUUUUCUGUGCGGGUGCGGACUUGAAAGAGCGUCUGGGCAUGACGCAGCCGGAGGCGGCUGCUUCUUCACGUGGCUAUCGCACUGGUUUCACUGAUCUGGAGCAGCUUCCCAUGCCCACCAUUGCUGCCAUCGAAGGCGCUGCACUUGGUGGCGGCAUGGAGAUGGCACUUGCCUGUGAUCCCGUAUCGCUGGUGCCAAGGCGAUCCUUGGCUUUCCAGAGACGUCUCUGGCUAUUCUUCCAGGAGCUGGAGGCACCCAACGCGCGUCGCGUCUUAUUGGUAUCUCUAAAGCCAAGGAGCUCAUCUUCACGAGCCGUCGCCUCAACUCGGAGGCUGCUGAGAAAGUCGGACUGGUCGACUAUGCUGUGCCUGAAGGUAAAGCCUACGAAAAGGCGCUGGAUAUUGCACGCGAGAUCCUGCCCAACGGCCCGGUUGGUGUCCGCAUGGCCAAGGAGGCCAUUAUGAGGGGGUCUGAAGUGGAUAUCGCCUCCGGCAUGGCCAUCGAAAAUGCUUGCUACGCGCAGGUGAUCCCGACCCAGGACCGCAUCGAAGGACUGGUUGCCUUCAAGGAGAAACGCAAACCGCAGUACACGGGCGAGUAAAAGAACCCAGUCGAGAUGGGAUCAGUGGUUGAUCACUUUGUGCUCACGUCUUAAUUCUGUACUUCGAAGUACUUAGUAUUAUCAACUGGACACUUGAAAGACUCUUUCGGUCCGAAUACCUUUGUAUCCAAGCUGGAGCUCGCUGCUUUGGCAAAUUAUACAAAAGUCAGUUUCGACUUGGGAAUCAAAGUUCAAUAACUCGUUUUUUGGGGGGGGUUCUACUAA